AUGUCCAAAGCUACUACCAUAAAGGAGGCGCUUAAACGUUGGGAGGAACGUGAACAACAGAGUGCAGUCCAAGCUACAGUUAUAGAAUUGCAAUUUCAAUGGCCGCCCAUUGAAAAAAUGGACAAUACUUUGGGAUCGUUGGUGAAUUGCGAACGUUUAAGCUUGUCCACUAAUAUGAUUGAGAAAAUUUUCGGUUUAAAUGGCAUGAAGAAUUUGAGGGUUCUAUCACUGGCUAGGAACUAUAUAAAGCAAAUAUCGGGAUUGGAGGUUGUUGCCGACACUCUCCAAGAACUUUGGAUCAGUUACAAUCUUAUUGAAAAGAUUAAGGGGCUUUCAGCCUUACGCAACUUAAAAGUUCUCUAUAUCAGCAAUAAUCUAAUAAAAGAUUGGGCAGAAUUUAAUCGCCUACAGGAACUAGAGUCAUUGGAAGAUCUAGUGGUGGUGGGUAAUCCCAUAGCCGAUGGCCUAGAUGAAACCACUUGGAGGGCAGAGUGUAUAAAACGUUUGCCGACUAUUAAAAAAUUGGAUGGCGAACCGGUGGUUAUAAAUGAAGAGCCUCAAUUAUAA